AUGGGAUAUUCUGACGGUUAUCAUGAAAUAGAUCACAGACAAGAAGGGGCAAGCAAAGAAGGGCCUGAAGGACCACCAGGACCAAAAGGAGAAAAAGGUGAUACAGGAUCACAAGGGCCGAAAGGAGAUAAGGGAGAUACAGGACCACAAGGAUCAAAGGGUGAUACAGGUGAUAAAGGUGAUAAAGGUGAUACAGGAUCGCAAGGACCAAGAGGGCCAAGAGGGUUGCAAGGACCUGCUGGAUCAAAGGGUGAUAAAGGUGAUAAAGGUGAUACAGGUCCGCAAGGACCUCGUGGACCAAGAGGGUUGCAAGGGCUAAGAGGCCCGGCUGGAUCAAAGGGUGAUAAAGGUGAUAAAGAUUUGAAAAAGGCGAUAACUUUCACAAGCACACAUGGAGCGGACCGACAGGUUACGGGUCUAAGCGAUCAGCCGCUCAAUGGUACUGCUGCUGUAAAUGAGAAUAAACUCAACACCGAAUUAGCUAAAAAAGCCGAUUCAUCAACUGUAUUGAACGGACUAAGCGGUAAAGCAGAUACAGCAUCUGUUUUGCUCUUGGAUGGCUCUCAAAAGAUGACGGCCAAUCUCGAUAUGAAUGGUAAAGAUGUCAUCAAUACAAAGAGAUAA